CAGGCAGCCGAGCACACUCUCUCUCUCUCACACACACACCAUCGAACGAAGCACUCACUCGAGCACGGUGGGUGACAUCCACAGGACUACAAUCGUACAGUUAGUCAGAUGGCGAGCGGCGGCGGCAAGGCGACCGGCUCGUCGUGGGCGGCGGCGAUGAGCGUGGGCGUCGGCACGGUGGAGGCGCUCAAGGAGCGGCAUGCCGGGCUGUGCCGAUGGAACCACCACGUGCUCCCGGGCGCCUUCCAGCAGCGCGCCGGCACGUCAGCCGCCGGGAACGGCGCCUGCGGCAAGGGCAAGGCGGCACCCACUGCCGGUGGUGGGGCGGCGAGGCAGGAGCAGGAGGAGGAGCUCCGGACGGUCAUGUACCUGAGCAACUGGGGGCCAAACAACUAACUAGCUGAGUAGUCAUCAGUUACAGUUCUCUAGAUCUUCUUAGCUGCACCAGUUCGUGUCUGGAUCAUGCACACCCACUCUCGAGCUCGUGUAAGACACGGUACUUCACAUACUUCCAUGAUCCGUAGUACUCUCGAGCUCGUGCAGCGAAUCACACCUAGUUCAGAAGCGAUAAUCCAUUUCCUCGAUAAUUUUGUCAAAGAGACGAGACUGAGGAACGCGAUCAUGCAUGUCAUGGUGUUAGAGAACUUGGUUCACAAAAUACAUGAAUUCUAGUUUGUGUUCCAAGCUCA